AUGUCUACCGCGCAGUCUCCAUUCGACGAAGCAUUCGAUACCUGGGUCAAAGAUGCAUUAGAAGAAUGGAAGGUGCCUGGACUAUCUAUCGCAGUUGUGCAUAAUGAAGAGACAUUCUCAAAGGUAAUGAACCCAGAUCAAACUUUCAGUCAGUUACUCCCUCAUAUGCUGACCACAUAUCAGGCAUACGGCAUCGCCGAAUUUCCCGACAGAAAGAUGACCACGGACACGAUAUUCCCAGCCGCAAGCACCACCAAGGCAUUCACUGCAGCGGCCACGUCAAUUGCAAUUCAAGAUAGCAAAGACACUCCAUCGCCAAUUGAUUGGGACACUCCAGUAUCAUCUGUCAUCCCAGAAGACUUUGUUCUAUCAGACGACUAUGCGACAAAGAACACUACUCUCGAAGAUGCCCUCUCUCAUCGAUCGGGCUUCCCCAGUCAUCCGUGGCCACUCACCUACGGCGAUAAAGAUACUACAGUUUCCGAUAUCGUUCGCUCGUACAGGCAUAUGCCGCUUUCGGCUCCCCCUCGGACUACAUUCCAAUACACUAAUCAUAUGUUCAUUGUCAUGGCGCAUUUGCUCGAAAAGCAGACUGGGGAGCCACUCGGCUCGUUCUUGAAAAAGCGCAUCUGGGAUCCUCUUGGUAUGAAAGAGACUUAUUUCUCUACCGAAGAGGCCAAGAAAGUUCCGUCGAGUGCAGCCAAGGUCGUCAAGGGGUACACAUGGAUCCCCGAGGAAACUGGCGGACAUUGGUUUGAAGAACCAGAGGCAAAUUGGAGGCCGAAUACGGGCGGCGGGGCGAUGGUCAGCAGUGUUCUAGAUUACUCGCGUUGGGUGCGCGAAUUGAUCUAUCGUACUGGGCCAUUAAAGGGCCACGACUCGCUGACCAAACCGCGGACCUUCCUUUUCGACGCUGGGGAUAUCAAUCUCCCCACGCCGUAUCACGCGUACGCCUUGGGCUGGUUUGUUGAUAACUACCGAGGCCAGCACCUUUAUGCGCAUUCAGGUGGUUGGCCUGGCUAUUCUUCCUUCGUGGCAUUCAUGCCAGAGAAGAAGUUUGGCUUUGCAAUUAUGGGAAACUCCAAUUCCGCCCGUUUUGUUCAUUUCAGGCUCGCUGUUCUUCUCAUGGAUAAGCUACUUGGGCCGGUUGAUGAUCCACUGCACGAUGAGAAAAUGAAAGAGUUCUAUGACCAGCAUGAGAAGGUCAAGGAGAGAGCUCUCAAGUACCAUCCUGAAGAUAUGGACGCUAUCAAGCGAAAGAUGUUUCCCUCUUUGGCUGAUCCUCCCGUUCCUCAUACUCUCCCACUUGAGAAGUAUGUCGGCACGUACAGGCACCCUACCGGCAACUGGGUUCCUGUCGUUCUAGGCGAGGAUGGGAAGCUGGGUAUUGAUGCAUCUCAUGGAGCUGUACCCGGUUAUUUGACUCUUACGCAUGCUAGCGGUGAAUUCUUUGUUGCGAAAAUGAAGUCUAGCAAUCUUGCUGAGAUGCAGCCCGCAGCUGCUGAAUUCUACAUUGACGUGUCGGGAGUCGUCAAGAAGAUCGGUCUGAGACUGGAGCCUGCGUUGAAAGAGGAGAAGAUCUGGUUUGAGCGGAGUGAAUCGUGA